UACGCGGGUUUCUUCGGUUCCCUCUUUCAGAUAUUUUUCUUUGCCUCGAAGCUAAAUAUAAAUAUAUAAAAUCAUCUCCAUCUCUUUAUAAAAAUCAAUACAAAAAGCAAAAAAAUAAAAAAUAAAAUAAAAAAAUGCAAGAAGCAGAGCUUCAUGACUUAUCAGACGACGCAGAUUACGCCGCCUCACAACAAGAAGGAUCGGCAAGUAUGAUGCGGUGCGACAGUAGUAAAUUAAGCACCUCGAGUGAAACGGAAGGAGCUGAAAUUGUUUAUUUGAAGGAUAAUGUUGCGAUUCAUCCUACUCAGUAUGCUUUUGAACGGAUUAGUGGAAGAUUGAAGUUAAUUAAGCAAGGAUCUGCUCUUUUCAUGACAUGGAUUCCAUACAAAAGGCAGAGUACGAAUGCGAAGCUGUCCGAGAAAGAUAGAAACCUUUAUACCAUUAGGGCAGUGCCCUUUGCUGAUGUGAGGUCUAUUCGAAGACACACUCCGGCUCUUGGGUGGCAGUACAUCAUUGUUGUCCUUUCAUCUGGACUUGCAUUUCCUCCCCUUUACUUCUAUAAUGGAGGAGUUCGUGAGUUCCUUACUACGAUAAAACAGCAUGUUUUUCUUGUGAGGUCAGUGGAAGACACAAAUGUAUUUCUUCUGAAUGACUUUCAAAAUCCUCUGCAGCGAACAUUGUCCUCAUUGGAGCUUCCCAGGGCAGUUCCCAUUCCAAGCAUGCCAUCAGCACCUGUUUUACCUAGGGAGUCUACUUCACAUGAAAAUCAAGAGAGGACUGAUGUGGGCAUCAGUGAUGUAAGUGCUAGUAUUCCUCAGUAUAAUGGAAAGCGGAGGCAAAAGUUCCAUGACCCCGCUCGAGACAUUUCAAUCCAAGUUUUGGAGAAAUUUUCUUUUGUAACAAAGUUUGCCCGAGAAACAACUUCGCAGCUAUUCCGGGAGAGUCAUGGCAAUGGAUUUCGUCCUCUUGAGAGGAGAAAAUCUAACCAGUCUGAUGAUUAUAGUCACAAGCCUUCUGAUGAUGCUGAGGGAGUUGCUGUUCAAAGCCCUGUUGCUCCAGAUCCUGUUGAGAAAGUACCAUAUAGGGAACACAAUCGUGAUGGUGAAGCUGCCACCAACGUGGGGACUUUUGAGCUAAUCAGUUAUAAGGAGUUUGACAAACUCUCACUAGUAUGGGGAAAACCCCGACAACCACCAUUGGGGUUGGAAGAGUGGGCCACAUUCUUGGAUUCAGAAGGUCGAGUGGUGGAUUCAAAAGCUUUAAGAAAAAGAAUAUUUUAUGGAGGAAUUGAACACAAACUACGGAAAGAGGUCUGGGCAAUAUUAUUGGGACACCAUACAUAUGAAUCAACAUAUGCUGAGAGAAAACAUCAAAGGUCCAUCAAAAAGACAGAAUAUGAGACUAUAAAAAGCCAGUGGCAGAGUAUCUCUCCUGCACAGGCGAAAAGGUUUACGAAGUUCAGAGAGAGAAAGGGCCUCAUAGAGAAGGAUGUGGUAAGGACAGACAGGUCACUAUCUUUCUAUGAUGGGGAUGACAAUCCAAACGUGAAUCUUCUACGUGAUAUUCUGUUGACCUAUUCAUUCUACAACUUCGAUCUUGGUUACUGUCAGGGUAUGAGCGAUCUUCUAUCCCCGAUUUUGCUUGUAAUGGAGGAUGAGUCGGAAUCAUUUUGGUGUUUUGUGGCACUGAUGGAAUGCCUUGGUCCCAAUUUCAACCGUGACCAAAGCGGCAUGCACUCUCAGCUCUUUGCCUUAUCUAAGCUGGUGGAGUUGUUAGACAACCCCUUGCAUAACUAUUUCAAGCAGAAUGAUUGCUUGAAUUAUUUCUUUUGUUUCCGCUGGAUGCUGAUACAGUUUAAAAGGGAACUUGAAUACGAGAAAACGAUGCGAUUAUGGGAAGUGUUGUGGACACAUUAUUUAUCGGAGCACCUCCAUCUGUACUUGAGUGUAGCUAUCUUGAAGCGUUAUCGUGGCAAGAUAAUCGGAGAGCAAAUGGAUUUCGACACCCUCAUAAGGUUCAUAAAUGAACUGAGUGGUUGGAUUGACCUAGAUGCAACACUCAGGGAUGCUGAGGCUUUAUGUAUAUGUGCCGGCGAGAGAGGAGCCGAUUGCAUACCCCCCGGAACUCCACCUUCAUUGCCUGUUGACAAUGGUUUACUCUAUUCUCAGCAAGAUGAAGUGUUGUAAAUUAAUACAUAUAUGUACACACAUACAUACACACAUACAUAUAGCUAAAUUUAAAUUUUCGGCUCUUGUAAGUUGGGUCAUUUUCCUUAAAAUAAAUCUUAUAAAUAUAUAUGUACUAACUGAUAAAGGGAUUAUUUCAUACAGUGAAGAAAAAAAAUACUAAACCGAGUUUGUGGA